CAAAAAAUAAAGACAGCGCUGAGAGCAGCUAGAUCUGCAAUAGAUAAACACACACACACACACACAGAGCCGAGCCAGAGAGAGUAACGGAAAGGGGAUACAACAUCAAAAUGAGGACAGCAUCCUUUGUAGUGCCCUUGCUUUAUUUCUAAGAUUUUCUAUGUAAAUCGUAUCUGAAGGCAUCAUCAUCAUCAUCAUCAUCACUGUGAACCAGGAGAGAGGGGAGCCAUCGCUGAAGGAAGGAAAGUGUCACGAACAAGGGAUCGCAGCUCCUUCUCCCUCCAUCUUUCGGUAAGGCAAACAGAGAGAAACAGAAGGCACAGAGUUCCAGGCUCCACCUGAGCAGUGUGUUCUUUGGCUUUGGGUUUUUGACGUGAAAUGGAUGGAAACAGUUUAACCCUCUCAGAGCUGCCUCUGUAAAUGACUGAUCCAAUGGACAUCAAAGGCCAGUGCUGGACGGAUGAGGAAUCGGAUGGGGAGAAUGAGCCGGAGCAGUUCAUGUAUGGAAUUCAGGGCAGCUGUGCAGCUGAUCUAUAUCGGCAUCCUCAGCUUGACGCUGACAUCGAGGCUGUGAAAGACAUUUACACAGAGAGUGCUGUGUCUAUCAGAGAGUACGGGACAAUAGAUGACGUGGAUAUUGACCUUCAUAUCAACAUCAGUUUCUUGGAUGAGGAAGUGGCCACAGCGUGGAAGGUCAUUCGAACGGAGCCCAUCAUCCUUCGACUCCGCUUCUCCCUCUCACAGUACCUGGAUGGACCAGAACCAUCAGUGGAAGUGUUUCAGCCUUCUAAUAAAGAUGGGUUCAGCCUCGGACUUCAGCUGAAAAAGAUCCUGAGCACAUUCACCUCCCAGCAGUGGAAGCAUCUGAGUAAUGAGUUCCUUAAAGCCCAGCAGGAGAAGAGGCACAGCUGGUUUAAGGCUGGAGGGACCAUUAAGAAGUUCCGUGCAGGCCUCAGCAUCUUCUCUCCCAUCCCCAAUUCCCCCAGUUUUCCACUGAUCCAGGACACGGUGCUGAAGGGCAAACUGAGUGUGCCCGAGCUGAGGGUCAGCAGGCUCAUGAACCGCUCCAUCUCCUGUACCAUGAAGAACCCCAAGGGGGAGCUGUUCAGCUAUCCCCCAAACAGCCAGACUGUGGCAGUCCCGGCGGGCAGGGCCCCUGCGCAGAUUACCACGCGGCAGCUGAUUGAAUUGUUUUUCUCAUCCCAGGCGGGCGGACACUGCAAGAACAUCCCCACUCUGGAGUAUGGUUUCUUAGUGCAGAUAAUGAAAUAUUCGGAGCAGCGCAUCCCCACGCUGAACGAGUACUGUGUGGUGUGUGAUGAACAGCACGUCUUUCAGAACGGAUCCAUGCUGAAGCCUGCGGUCUGCACCAGAGAGUUGUGUGUGUUCUCUUUCUACACACUGGGAGUGAUGUCGGGGGCAGCAGAAGAAGUCGCUACUGGAGCUGAGGUGGUGGAUCUGCUGGUUGCUAUGUGCAGAGCUGCUCUGGAGUCUCCUCGUAAGAGCAUCAUCUUUGAGCCCUAUCCCUCUGUAGUCGACCCUAAUGACCCCAAAACGCUCGCCUUCAAUCCCAAGAAGAAGAAUUAUGAGAGACUGCAGAAGGCACUGGACAGUGUAAUGUCCAUACGAGAGAUGACCCAGGGAUCAUAUCUGGAGAUAAAGAAGCAGAUGGAUAAACUGGACCCUCUAGCUCAUCCUCUGCUGCAGUGGAUAAUAUCCAGUAACAGGUCUCAUAUCGUCAAACUGCCGCUGAGUAGGCAGCUGAAGUUUAUGCACACAUCCCAUCAGUUCCUGCUCCUGAGCAGCCCGCCUGCUAAAGAAGCUCGAUUCCGCACAGCCAAGAAGCUCUACGGCAGCACCUUCGCGUUCCAUGGUUCCCAUAUAGAGAACUGGCACUCUGUUCUGAGAAAUGGACUAGUCAAUGCCUCUUAUACCAAACUGCAGCUGCAUGGGGCAGCCUACGGAAAGGGCAUCUAUCUCAGCCCAAUCUCCAGCAUAUCCUUCGGAUACUCAGGGAUGGGUAAAGGACAACAUCGAAUGCCGACUAAAGAUGAACUAGUGCAGCGUUAUAACCGUAUGAACACAAUUCCGCAGAGCCGGCCCAUACAGUCUCGCUUUCUGCAGAGUCGGAAUCUGAACUGCAUUGCGCUCUGUGAAGUGAUCACAUCAAAGGACCUUCAGAAACAUGGAAACAUCUGGGUGUGUCCUGUAUCCGACCAUGUGUGCACACGCUUCUUCUUUGUUUAUGAAGAUGGUCAGGUGGGAGAUGCUAACAUUAACACCCAGGAGCCCAAGGUGCAGAAGGAGAUCAUGCGUGUGAUUGGCACCCAGAUAUACUCCAGCUGAGAGGGGUUUCCUGGGGCCGUCUGCAGGGGCUGUAGAAGAGCAUCCUAACCCUCGCUGCAGAAACAGCCACACAUCUCAGCUUCAGCUUGACUCAGAAAGGGGGACGGGCAGAAGAGCUGAGUGUCUUUCCCUUCUCUUUCUUCCCAAUGCUCCUCUUUCUCCCUUUGUUCUUUUUCCCCUCUCCUGUCGCGUUCGUGCCGAGGGUUGGACGGGUGUCCCCGCCCCCUGCUGCGUGGUUUGUGGCCUAUUUGGGGCGGCUGGGCCAGUAGGAAUUUCCUCCUCCUCCUCCUCCUUCUCCUCCUCUUCAUCCCCAGCGGGAAGUGAGAUUAAAGAGUAACGACAGAGCAGACAUCAGCUCUUUCCACUACAGAAGAGUCUUUCUAAAACUGCGCCCACGGAUACUGCGGCGACUGCUAAUGAGUGCGGGAAACUUCACAUGACUCCACCCACACUGCUCCAGGCUCCGCCCCCACAUGCCCUCAAUCCCUUUUAAGUCCAUCAGUCAAACUGCUCUGAACUUGCCUCAGUAUGAGGUCGAAUUGUUUUUGUCCUUUUACCCAUAUCGUUGACUUCUGCUGGACUCUUCAUAGCUCCCACAUACUUGGCGCCACUGAACAUUUAUCAUUCCGAAUAUCCAUAAGGAAAAAACAAAACAAAAAAACAAAGUAAUCUAAAAACGUUUAUUACAUUGUUUUUUUUUCCCUCUCUGGAUAGUAAGUGAUGGAUCCCUCAUGCACCCUUUAUUGUGUUUGUAAGAACAUUAUCCUCUUGAUCUGUUUACUUUCAUAUUCUUUGAGUAAUGACACGUAUUAAUAUCCAAGAUGCAGUUAUCUCUGGAGUUGCUUUUGUUCAGCGACUCCUCCCGGUAAAAUCAAUUUCCUGUUCUUUCGUCUCCGUUGCGCGGCACGACAGAAACACGCACACAUUCGCGCAUAGACUCAGUAGAAAGAUGUUUACUGCAAUUUAUCAGACUGAGCAUGGAUGCCUGUGCUGAAAAAUGAGUGAACAAAAACAUAUUAUUGUUCAUAUUUGUACUUAUUCCUCCUAAUCACUGGAUUUUCUAAAUACAUUAUGUUGUGGGUGGGGGGGGCGGAGACUCAGUGGGGGGAUGCUCUAAGACAAAGCAAAAUGUUCUGCACCUCUUUUAUCUCUAUCUAGUUUGACAUUCCUUAAUGGCUGUGAUUAUUACCACACGGCCUACCUCUUCUUAUUUUACAACUGGACAGCCUCUUCUCCUACAGACGUUCUGUGAAGAGUCUAGGGUCACACCCUCUCUUUCAAAACCUGUUUUGUUGCAUUCCUUCGGCUUGCCCUGAUAGUUGAAAACGUCCUGCAGCCUGCCUGAGUGUACGUAUGAGUUUGUAUAUUCAACCAGUGGAGUUCAUAUCAGAUGUUGCACUUCUGGAAAACAAAAAAAAAAAAAGAUAUGCAGUCAUGGCUGGUCUCCUGCAAAUGCACCUUCACUUUGAUAUGCCCUUAGCUCAGUGUACUGUCAGACAUGAUGUAACUUAAUGAAGGACUUAAUGAAUGUUGGAACAAAUCUGGAGGCUUUUUCUUUGAAGAAAUAAACAGAUUGUGUAUAGAAUGUGAGUAUUGAAGGCAUAAGAAGAAGCAGUUUUGGAUGAAUAUCAUCCCUGUAGUUCUCUCUCAUGGUCUCUUCUUGGUUGUGCUUUUACCAGGCUGGCCCCGUACCUGUUCCUGCUCUUCUUGUAUGUCAGUGCUCUGUGUAAAACUGAUGUUACGAAAGCGGCGACCGAAAGAAGGAAUAAAGAGAGAUUUUGCACAAUUUU